CUUCAAAUGUUGUUGAGCUCGGAGAAGAAGAAUCCACUGCCAUGACGAUGCCGGCCUUGGCUACCUCCGCCGACCUUGCCGUCUUCCUUGUUCACGACGCAAGCCAUGGCUCCCCCUAUUCCGCCGCGCCAUCGUCUCCCUCUGCCUUCCCCUUCGAGAGCCUUCGCGUCUGUCCUUCCUCCCUGCCUCUCGCAUUGGAGCCGCCGAGGCGUGCUGGUGGAGCUGGGAAACGCAGCUGGCGGCGCACUAGGGUGUGCAAGAGCAAAGAGGAGGCAGAGAACCAGCGGAUGACGCACAUCGCCGUCGAACGCAACCGUCGCCGCCAGAUUAACGAGCAUCUUGCGGUGCUGCGCGCCAUGAUGCCAGAGUCCUACGUCCAAAGGGGUGACCAAGCUUCGAUUGUUGGAGGAGCCAUUGAUUUCAUCAAGGAGCUUGAGCAGUUUCUCCAAUCCCUUGAAGCGCAGAAGAGAGCACUUCGGCGACAUCCUACAUCCAAGUCUGCAAGAGCACAAAGCUAUACUAACACCGCCAUCGGAAACAGCCGCGGCGGCGGCAGUAGUAGCUGUACUGGCGACGGUCUGGUCGCGAAUUCGCCUCCCUUUGCUCACUUCUUCUCGUUUCCGCAGUACUCCUGGCUUCACGCCGUGCAUGAUCAGGAGACUCGGCUUUCACUGCCCGGGUUGGCCGACAUUGAGGUCAUCUUGGUAGAGACGCACGCGAGCGUCCGAGUGCUCUCGGCGCAACGGCCCGGCCAGCUAUUCAAGAUGGUGGCUGGGAUUCAAAACCUCGGGCUUAGCGUACUCCAUCUCAGUGUCACCACCACCCUCGACUCAAUGGUCCUCUACUCCCUUAGCAUCAAGGUGGAGGAAGGGUGUAGUCUGACCACAGUCGAUGACAUUGCUGCUGCCAUCCACCGUAUGCUUUGCCUGAUUGAAGCUGAGGUGACUGGUCUGUCCUAGCUCACUAGGCUUCCCAAGUUAAUGGGUUCUCAAAACCUGCACAAGAAUGGGCUAGCUGUUGCCCAUUUUCUUCCACGUACAGUUGGUGCAGCAUGACAUAGUGCCCCUUCUCCUCUUUUCUUGUUUGUUAACUCUAUUAUGCCCCUUCUUUUUCAUGUUAGGCUUUGCUUGAUCAAUCCCAAUUUUGUCCAUAAUGUUAUCUUAUUUUCAA